UUAAAACACAAAGGGGUCACAGAUCGUCUGCCUGUAUUGAAGAGUGAAUCGGAUCGGAGGCUUGCCAUUUUUAAACAAAGGGUCCCAUUGUCGGAGGGAAAAUGGAUCAGGAAGUGAAGUUUGAAAAAUUUCAAGUUAAAGAAUUAGAUGAUAUAAGAAAGGGGGACCACCUUGCGGUAAAAAGACAUCUCCCAUACCGGCAUCACAUGAUUGUUGAAGAAAAUCCAACUGAUCUCACUGAAGUAAAAGUCAUUGAAUAUGGAAAUAAAUUACUAUAUGCUUUGAGUGGAACGGUUAAAAGCAGUGGCUCCUCGGGCGUUGGUAAAGCAGUAAUUCGUCGACAGACUGUAGAUUUGUCCACGGAUGUAAGUGAAAAUAAGGUGCGUCGCCUAGAUUAUGAUCCCGAUGAGAGUUACACGCACGACGAAACGGUUAUAAGGGCUCAAAAUAAACUUGGUGAAACGCGGUAUAACUGGAUAAGCAACAAUUGCGAGCAUUUUGCGACCUGGUGUAGAACAGGUGUGUAUGAGAGUUCACAGGUGGAAAGAUUCUUUAAAGUGAUGUUCCCGUUGAGAAAACGCCCAAAAUCGAAGCAGGUUGCACCAGCGGACACACCAGUUUCUGCGCGUACCAGGUCUGUAUCUCAGAAACGAAAAUUGGAGUUGGAUCCACAAAUCAGUGACCCACAAAAUGUCAAAAAAACUAGGUGACCUAAGCAGCAAGCAUUUUGGAACAAUAGAAAUACCAGUAAUUCGGUUUUAAAAGUGGCUUAGCUAGCUCCCAUGUUUUAUUCGCUUCAUUGUUUUAUAUCUCUUAGCUUGGCUUCGUUGCCGACGAUUUUAUAAAGUUUUGAGUGAUUUGAAGAUUUUAAAGUUUUAUAUAUAAUGAUAUA